GCAUGGUCGAAGCUGUCGAGCAGUAGCAGCAGAGAAACAAACGAAGGGCAAACGUGUUCACAAAUUACCAACACGCAAACUCCGCAGAUUCUCUCCAACCCUUUUUCCUCAACCCCACUUUUGUUUUCGCCAUUGCAAAUCAUCGCCAAUUCUUUAGGAGAAAUUCCCAUUUCCCAAUUCCCAAUUGAAAAAGAGAGGAAAAGAAAAAAAUUCCUCUAUUGCUCCUCCAUUAAAGUGGGAUUUUUCAGCUGCAAGAUUCGGCUAAAGCUCCAGAAGAAAUUAGUUCUUGAAAACCGACUUCGUGGUUUGUUUGUUUGUUUGUUUGUUUUACUUGAAAAUCAAAAUCCUAACCGAGCUUUUCUUAAAUCUUCGCGAUCUGAAUCCUUUGCCCAUUUUUCGAUCUGGAAUAGUGUUUGACUCUUAGGCUUUGAAGUCAACAUUUCUUGCUAUUUCUUCUGAUUAAUUCCUGGUUUCGACUCGUUUUUGGAUGAUUUUGGGCCAUAAUAUGCAGCCUGACCAGAGGAAAAAGGUUGAUGUAGAUUUCUUCACGGAAUAUGGCGAGGGCAGCAGGUACAGAAUCGAGGAAGUUAUCGGCAAAGGUAGCUACGGUGUUGUGUGCUCGGCUUACGAUACGCAUCUCGGAGAAAAAGUCGCCAUAAAAAAGAUUAACGACAUCUUUGAACAUGUAUCGGACGCCACACGUAUUCUUCGAGAAAUUAAGCUGCUUCGCCUCCUUCGUCAUCCCGAUAUAGUCGAAAUUAAGCAUAUCCUUCUCCCGCCGUCGAGAAGGGAAUUCAAAGACAUAUAUGUAGUUUUCGAAUUGAUGGAAUCGGAUCUUCAUCAAGUCAUUAAAGCGAACGACGAUUUGACUCCCGAACACUACCAAUUCUUUCUGUAUCAACUUCUCCGAGGCUUGAAAUACAUACACACAGCGAAUGUUUUCCACCGGGAUUUGAAGCCGAAGAACAUAUUGGCAAAUGCUGACUGCAAGCUUAAGAUUUGCGAUUUCGGACUCGCACGUGUCGCCUUCAACGACACACCAACGGCGAUAUUUUGGACGGAUUACGUUGCGACGAGAUGGUAUAGAGCUCCCGAAUUGUGCGGAUCUUUUUUCUCCAAGUAUACUCCCGCAAUCGACAUUUGGAGUAUUGGUUGCAUAUUCGCCGAACUUUUGACCGGAAAACCUCUCUUCCCCGGAAAGAACGUAGUUCAUCAAUUAGACCUCAUGACCGAUCUGCUCGGAACUCCACCUCCCGAAACUAUCGCAAGGAUAAGAAAUGAAAAGGCUCGAAGAUACUUGAGUAGUAUGAGGAAAAAGAAGCCGAUUCCUUUGUCCUACAAAUUCCCGACCACCGAUCCGCUUGCUCUCCGUUUGUUAGAAAGAAUGCUUGCUUUUGAUCCUAAGGACAGACCGUCUGCCGAAGAGGCUCUUGCGGAUCCAUACUUUCGAAACUUGGCUAGAGUCGAGAGGGAACCUUCUGCGCAGCCAGUCACGAAAAUGGAAUUCGAAUUUGAAAGGCGAAGGAUCACGAAGGAAGAUGUUAGAGAGCUGAUAUAUCGUGAAAUUCUCGAGUAUCAUCCGAAGAUGUUGAAAGAAUUCUUGGAGGGAGCCGAGCCUACCGGCUUCAUGUAUCCAAGCGCCGUCGACAAAUUUAAGAAGCAAUUCGCAUUUCUUGAGGAGCAUUACGGGAACGGAGGCACCGCCCCGCGCGAGCGACAACAUUCUUCAUCUUUGCCGAGGCCGUGUGUGCUGUACUCGGGUAACUCGAAUCCGAGCACGACGGACGUUACAAAUGAGCUCUCCAAAUGCUCCAUCAAAGAUGUCGAGAAACCGCAACCCGUCCCUAGAUUUCCUACACAAGUUCCUCAAAACGUUCAACCAGCAGGUGGGGCUGCGAGACCCGGGAAAAUUAUCGGUUCGGUUAUGCAUUAUAACAGCUACGGAGCGACCGAAAUUACCGAGCAGCGACGAGUCGUUCGAAAUCCCGGCAUCCCGGUGCAGUACAUCGGGCCUAGCGCAUCCUACCAGGGAAAACAUCCGGGCGACGACACGAACGAAGGAUCCAACGGUAUGCAGCCGAAGCCUGACGUAUACAUUGCAAGGAAAGUCGCGGCUCACGGCGUUAAUGGCAGCCAUUGGUAUUAAUGACGUCUCGAGACGUUUACAAUCGCCGACUGGAAUUGAUUCGAGCUGCCGGGUUGAGCAUUCGGCUCGAUCAACGGAGACGAACACUCGCAUGCUAAGCAGGCAUUUUGUGUAUAGUUAUAACGACUUACAUGCCGGAACCUUCGCGAAUCAACGGUCGAGAUCUCAUCUCUGCAGCGAGAUUCGGGGAAUCAUUGUCGUCGUCGUAUCUUGUUUAUCGUAAGAGUUAUUCUCUGCAGUGUAUUCGAAACUACUUUUGGCUGUUUUUUCUGCGUUAGUUCUUUCGAUUCUCUACUGUUAUUCGAUUUGUAAGAACUUGUUGCUGUUCAUUAUUUACAACCUUAAAUCUGGUAAUGGACAGCAAGCUCUAGCUUGUAUGCUAUCGUCGUUUCUGUUC